CUUCUCUCAGUUUCCUUGUAGUGGCCGGUUCGAGAAGAGCUGCCACAAGGGUCAACGAGGGCGAACCACUUCGCAUCACGCGCUUGCGCCCUUCGAGUCACGGGAGAGAUUAACAGACAGCAAGAUUCCUAAUUCUCAACAUGUCAUACUGCACGCGUGUUCUUCGUGCACAGAAAUUGUCCGCUUUAGCGGCGGACAUUCAGCAACGAUGCUUCAGCGCAAGUCCUUUGAGCUUCGCCGCAGCAAAAGUAGCAAUGUCCAAAUUCGAUUCGACUAGUUAUCUGCCCUAUGACAAGCUAGAAGAAAAUCUCCAAGUGGUCAAAAAGAGAUUGAAUCGGCCACUGACUCUAUCCGAGAAGGUUCUCUACUCCCAUCUCGAUGAACCUGCCAAGCAGGAUAUCGUUCGCGGUACCAGCUAUCUCCGAUUGCGACCGGAUCGCGUCGCUAUGCAGGACGCGACCGCGCAAAUGGCAAUGUUACAAUUUAUCAGUUCCGGCCUACCAAAGGUCGCGGUGCCUUCCACCAUCCACUGCGAUCACUUGAUCGAGGCACAAAUCGGUGGGGAUCAGGAUCUUAAGCGUGCCAAGGACAUCAACAAAGAGGUCUACAAUUUCUUAAAGACAGCUGGUGAAUACGGCGUGGGCUUCUGGAAUCCCGGUUCUGGCAUCAUCCAUCAAAUCAUUCUCGAGAACUACGCCUUCCCAGGCCUGCUGAUGAUCGGUACCGAUUCGCACACGCCGAAUGGUGGCGGUCUAGGUUGCCUGUGCAUCGGUGUCGGAGGUGCAGACGCCGUCGAUGUUAUGGCAAAUAUCCCCUGGGAGCUCAAGUGCCCCAAGGUGAUCGGUGUGAAGCUCACGGGUGAGCUCAAGGGUUGGACCAGCCCCAAGGACAUCAUCCUGAAGGUGGCCGGUAUUCUGACCGUCAAGGGUGGUACCGGUGCAAUCGUAGAAUACUUCGGUCCGGGUGUCGACAGCAUCAGCUGCACCGGGAUGGCCACUAUUUGCAACAUGGGUGCCGAGAUCGGCGCCACAACCUCGCUCUUCCCGUACAAUUAUAGGAUGCAGGAUUACCUGAAGGCGACCGGACGCUCAGAUAUCGCCGGAGCCGCCGAUCAACACAAGAGUCUGUUGACGGCGGACCCCAACGCCAAGUACGAUCAGAUCAUCGAAUUGGAUCUGUCUACCUUGGAACCGCACGUAAACGGACCCUUUACACCCGACUUGGCUCAUCCGAUCUCGAAACUGGGCGAAGCGGCAAAGCAGAACGGCUGGCCAAACGAAAUCAAGGUCGGCCUGAUCGGUUCCUGCACCAAUAGCUCCUACGAGGACAUGGGUCGAUGCGCAAACAUCGCCAAGCAGGCUCUGAAGCAUGGUUUGAAAGCAAAAGCAGCGUUCAACGUCACACCCGGAUCCGAACAAAUUCGAGCGACAAUCGAGCGCGAUGGAAUUGCUGAAACUCUUCGUGAAUUCGGCGGCACGGUACUGGCUAAUGCUUGCGGACCUUGCAUCGGCCAAUGGGAUCGUCAGGAUAUCAAGAAGGGUGAUAAAAACACAAUUGUCACAUCGUACAACCGAAACUUUACCGGUCGAAACGACGCUAAUCCGGCGACACACGCUUUCGUGACCAGUCCUGAGCUUGUCGUCGCUCUUUCCAUUGCUGGUCGACUCGAUUUCAAUCCUGUCAGCGACAGAUUGAAGGGCAAAGAUGGAAAGUUCCUUCUCGACAAUCCGUAUGGUGAUGAGUUGCCUAGUCGCGGUUUCGAUCCCGGUGUAGACACUUAUGAUGCACCGCCGUCAGACGGUAGUAAAGUGAAGGUCGACGUGGAUGCAAAGAGCCAAAGAUUACAGUUGCUGGAACCCUUCGACAAAUGGGACGGCAAGGACUUGGAGGAUCUGACGAUCCUAAUUAAGGUCAAAGGCAAAUGUACAACGGAUCACAUUUCCGCGGCCGGUCCGUGGCUCAAAUAUCGUGGUCAUCUCGACAAUAUUUCCAACAACAUGUUUCUCGGCGCCGUCAAUUCUGAAAACGGCGAGAUGAACAAGAUCAGGAACCAAUUGACAAACGAAUGGGGCGCCGUGCCGGACGUCGCGCGCGAUUACAAAAAGAAGGGAGUGAGAUGGGUCGCCGUAGGCGAUGAAAAUUACGGUGAAGGUUCCUCCAGGGAGCACGCAGCUCUAGAACCGCGUCAUCUUGGCGGUCGCGCGAUCAUCGUCAAGAGCUUCGCUCGUAUCCACGAGACGAAUCUGAAGAAACAAGGUCUUCUGCCGUUGACCUUCUCCAACCCUGCCGAUUACGAUAAAAUCCAGCCCAACGACAAGAUCAGUCUUCUUGGACUGAAGGACCUGGCAGCCGGCAAGCCGGUGCAAGCGCAAAUCAAACACAAGGAUGGCAAGGUGGACACCAUCUCCUUGAAUCACACGCUGAACGAGCAACAGAUCACCUGGUUCAAAGCCGGCUCCGCCUUGAAUCGCAUGAAGGAAAUUUCGAGCGGACGAUAAACGGAGUAUCCGACUCGCGGAAAAUUAGCCGAUUGUUAUAUAACGCGCAACGCAUUUGUGUGAUAAAUGGAGAGAACGUGCCGUCGCAGAAUGAGGCAAGGUCGAUCGAGGCGCAUAAUGUCGUUACUAUUAAUUUUGUUUCCCGGAUAAGCGAAUUAUAUGUAUAUGCCAUAGUGCCUAGCAGCCAUAUAUAUGAAAAAA